GAGUCGGCCCGGUGAGCACUGUAUCAUUGCAUUCAAACUGGUCUCCGAUUCCCUCUCCCUCCAAGAGAAACCCCAUUGAAUACUCGUCGCUUUGUAUUGCUUUUUGUUUUGUUACAUAACCUUAUUGCCGUUUGCUGAAAACGAAAUUCGCUCGAUAAAGCUUUUACAUGCUGUAUGGCCUGUCAUAGACUAUAUCAAAAAUAACGAGAAAGGAUACUUCGAAUGUAUGAAAAUGGUGGACUGUUCUUUAAAGUAGUACCAAGGAGAAGAAGAAUACAUAGACGCAAGAAAUACCUUCAAUGAUAAAUCAUACAUGGAAUUGCUUGUUGAUAUACUUUCCGAGAAGAUACUUUGGAUGAGCUACGUAACAUGGCUCGACGCUACCAAUUCCGGCACAGACUAACGGUACACCACCGGUCAUCAACUUUCUACACCGAGAAUGCCAGUAUGUUGGUCAUUUUGGCUGUUGCCAUGGCAACGAUCUUCACGAUAAGUUAUUUCACGGCUAAUGCUUCAGAACUGAUGGCCAAUCGAGCUAGACCUGUUAGUACUUCAAGAUUAGCUAAACGCCCAGAGACACCGCCACCCGCAGAACCCAUGUCGAAACAUAAAUCUGACCAGCAUUUCACUCCAAAUUUGUGGAAUUUUGUGGUAAAUGAAGCAGAGAAGCUCUUCCUAUACCAACAUUUCUUAGAAACACCAUGGAAACGAAAUACAACAAAUAAACAAUUAUGGAGAUCGGAAUGGCAGGAUUUAUCUCCCAAUUGUACUGCAGAAAAAGACUUUGUCUUGACACAAACAAAUGUAAAAGAGAACGAUUCCCUGGUCUAUAGCUUGUAUCGAAAGGUGAAAGGUAAAGCCAUGAAGCAGUUCAAAGUCACCAAACAAUUGAUGCAAAAUAUUCCAAACGCUUCACCACUUGAUGGAGUUCGACUCGGUCGGUGUAGUUUAGUGGGGAAUAGUGGCAUCCUACUCAACAGUAACUGUGGGAAACAGAUUGACCAGGCAGAUUUUGUAUUCAGGUGUAACACAGCACCCAUAGCGCCUUUUAGAUCUGAUGCUGGGAUGAAGAGUAACCUUACAACUAUGAACCCAAGCAUCAUUGAAAGAAGAUUCAAUUUUCUAAAAGAAGAAGAGAACAUUACGUCAUUUGCCAAGGCGGUGUCACAGUACAAUGGUGAUAUCUGGCUACCGUGCUUCGGAGUCCAGUCACACACGAAAACAUGUUUGAAAGCGCUGGAUGUAUACGAGGAAUUCAAUCCAAGAUUAUUGGUCGCUAAUCCAGCGCACUUUCGUCUCGUUUGGGAUUUCUGGAAGCAAAGGAAAUUUGGAACUGAAACUCUAUCUACAGGGUUCUAUUUGAUGCAUAUUGCACUGAGCGUGUGUGAAGAAACACAUCUCUAUGGAUUCUGGCCCUUUUCAUCUCAACUGGACCCAUUUCCUGGACAGGUCCAUGACGUUCCAUAUCACUACUUUGAUGGUCUUAAGGUUACCAAGAAUCAUGACAUGAGCAAAGAGUUCCAAGUUCUUCUGCAGAUGCACAAGCACGGUCUGCUCCGAAUGCACGUUGGAAAAUGCUCAUAGCAUUUAUAUCAAACCUUGAUUAUAGGAAGGACUUUCAACAGGGACUAUUUACCUUUCUGGCAGUCUGACUGUUGAUUAGAGAGCAAUGGAGCAGAUAAACAAGCCAUUUGAAUACUUCUCCUGCGCAUCGGGAAACGCUACGACAUCCCUCUCAUUGAAUAUUUUCAUGACAUUCUGAUUUGAAAAAAAAGGAACACUGGCGACACAAGUGUAUCUUGCGUGCCACCAAAACGGGUCUUGAUUGUAUACUCGACAUGCUCGAUGGUUUCGUUGGUUUUUCCAAUCCGUUGUCAGCCAUACACGCUCCCGCCGUAUGUAAUCAUAAUGUGCUAUAGUCUUGCCUUAAGUUGGUGCUGAUUGAAUUUUGCUUUGACAUUCAUCAAUUAUGAUAAGGUAAUUUGUAUAUGAUAGAAGUUUACUUUGUUACCAACCAUCCCAAAACCAACAAUAUUUAAGUCGCCAGGGAAUAUUCUCUAUAAUAGCAAAUAUAAUAAUUUAGUUUUCAAUAUGCAUAAAUCAGACAAUUGGCUUGUCUAAAAGAUUAAUUUUUUUUUUAUAUACUGUCAAACAUUGAAUUUGUAAAGUUUAAUAAAAGAACAAAAAAGAUUCAAGAGUUACUUUGACACCAAUUUUGCGGACUGCUUGGAAGUUUCACUGACAUUGUAUAGUUAGUGUUCACAUCUCAUGCUUCAACCUCAAACUUUGUUUUCUCCUUAUUUUUAGAAGCUGUUGCUGAUUUUCUUCUGCAUUCAAUCAAGUGCAUGUGAGGGUUAUGUUGAUCAAUUUUGACAAGCUACAUAUCAUUUCAAAGCUUAUGAUGAGCCAUUUCAAGCUCAAUGAAAGUCUCAAAAUUAAUUUUGAAGCCAAAUCCAACUUAAUGUUGGUUUGGGGGUGGCUGGUAACCUAUGAUCCUGUUUCAAACGAUCCUGUAUAUUGUUGUUCAUUGUAAAUUCAUUUCGAGCUACAUUAGUCCGAAAAUAUAUUUUAGCAUGUAUGACUGGCUGUAGAAAAAUGAAAAUUGACCUCCAACUCGCAGACACUGUGGCCCGUAUUCUGAACUUGAGUUUGAAUUAUGGUCUAUACUUCUGUUUUGGUACAACUAUUUGAGACUUUAUUUUACAAAAAAGGUUCAAUCUAUCAGCUCAUAUGACACAUAAAUCAUUCAUAAUUGUCUGGGAGUGAUGACUAAAACAAUUUAACAUUACAAUAUGGGGAAAGGAGGUAAUCAUAACGAAAAUAUAAUACAAGCAACAAAAAAUUGACCUUUUCAGCUUGUCAUAUUUUAAACACAGAGUUCCAUUCGUCAAUCUGAACUUCAGAAUACGAUCCUGUUCGAUUGUAGUGCUUUGAACUUUUUAUGAAUUUCAGUGAGUGAGUGUGAAUAUAAGGGGUUUAAUUUGAAAAAUGAAAAAAUUAACACGAAUUUCAAAUAUUGUUCAAACUGAGUAGAUAUCUUGACAUUUAGUAAUACAUGAUUUGUGUAUAAUUUAAAAUGCAAUUGUUUUUAUCGACGGAAUAAAAAAAAUGGUGAAAUAUUUAAGAAAAUCAAAGAACUUUACCCAGUUAUGGGUAAAUAAAAGGAAAUAUUUGUCAGGAAAGUGUAGGGUUAGUUGACGAGUGGUGAAAAUCAUUUCGCCAUUCUAAAUAUUAAAAAUUAUUUGAAUCCAUUGGUUGCUCUACAGGGUUACAAGGUUCUAGUUGAAUAUUCGAGAGAUAAAAUACCUCAUCUUCUGUAAAGAAAAAGAAAAAUAAAUGGUGAAAUGCAUGUUAUAAUCCUGUUUCGUUAUUUCCAUGAGUUUGAUUUCACAUAACACUUUGCACAUGAUUUCGUGUCUAUAUUUUACUCAACAAACAUGUUCUUUCUCUAUACCGAAUAUUGGGUAUACUUUUACUCAAUUAUUUUAGAAGGGUGAGUUAAGUUCUAAACUGUAGAACAAGUUUAAAUCAAUUUCUAAGGAAUUCUAGGUCUUAUCUCCUUAAUUUAUCAUUCAUGGCAAAUGUUUACUAUGUAUUAUGUACCUAAAUAUUCACUUAAAUUUAUUUUAUACUCGGGUUAUUAUUUUCUUUAAAAUUAAUCGGGAGUUUUAUGAACACUAUCAAUCACUCAGAAUUUGAAUAUUAUUCAUCAUUGGUGAAGGAGUUGGCUACGAGUGCUCAAUAAAUGUGUGGUCUGAACUUUCAGAAGACCUUCACGAA